AUCGAUUUGAUGAUUCGUUAUGUAAACAAUAAUUGUAUUAUAUUUGUAAUUCGAGUACUCGGCGUCUCUAAUGAAAACAAGAUGGAGAACAUGGCAAGCUUGGAUCCGUCAAAAGUAGACGAUUUUCUCGAAAAAAUCGACGAGAUAGACUCGAUAGUUAAAGGAUUGCACUCUGGUGAUUCUGAGACGGCAAGAGAGGCAAUGUGCAGAGCUGAUAAGCUUAUUGCAGAGAUUGAUAAAAAGAAGAAGAAUAAAGAAAUAGGCUAUGAUUUCCCAGAACCAAAUGAGGAGAAAGAGGCAUUGCCAAAAACUAAGACAGGUUUCAGUAAGACUAUUAUCAACAAAGCCUCGGACAACGAUACACCAGGGCGAGAUGAUGUCAACUAUGAAGGAAUGAAUCAAGAAGCUUUUAUGAAAGCCUUUGAGGCGGAUGCGCAGGCUCGCGCUGCAAGGAGAGAGGCCCGAAACAAGGUGGCAGAGGAAUGGAAGGAGAAGGGGAACGCAGAGUUCCGACUGGGGAACUUUGAGAAGGCUCUUGAGUUUUAUACUAAGGGGCUUCGAGAGGCAAAGGAUAUCACAGCUUUAUACACCAAUCGGGCACAGUGUUACAUCAAACUUGGGAAGUAUGAAAAUGCAUUCAUAGACUGCGAAUGGGCCUUGCGGUGCUACCCCAACUGCAUGAAGGCUCAUGUUCACAUGGGUAGGGCACACAUAGGCAUGAAAGAAUACAAGGAGGCCAGAGAAUGCUUCAAGAAGGCCCUCACAUGUGACCCAACCAAAGAUUCCCUUAUCAAUGAUUACUUGGCGGAGGUAGACAGGGCCGAACUAGCAGCCAAGCAAGAGAAAGCUGCUGAGGAAAUCUUCCAGGAAGGCAAACCAGAAAACAUGGGCGUAGUGGAGGUACUGGGGCGGGUACAGAAACCAGUUCAGCUACCGGUAUUCUACAGUGGAGGACUGCGUAUACUCAAGUCCCUCAUUCAGAAUACUACUGACCAAACCUUGUUCAGAACCAAUGGAGGCUUGACUCUACUGGUCUCCAUGGAUACACUGCGGAAAUGUUUCUCUGCAUCACCCAGAAGCUUAUCAGGGGAGGAGCUUGACAUGCUGGCCUCAGCUUUUGAUUUGUUUUCCGCAGCUUGCCAGGAUAAUGAAAAGAGCUCUGAGACAUUCCUUCAGCUAGACAAUAUCUCCAUUCACUGCACACGAUUCCUUGAAGUGUCUAUGAAGGGGCAAGGGAGAGUAUUACAACAUGCAAUCACCUCCUGUCUGUUUUGUCUGUCACAGAAUGAGGUGGGCCGAAGGCAGAUUGUCUCCCUUUUUGAUAUUCCAAAGCUGUUGUCAGUGAUGUUCACACUCAUUCGGACUAGCAGGAAAACAUCCACCAUGGCUGCCAACCUCCUGAGUAAGCUCGCCCUAGACAAGAAAUUUAAAUCCCAUUUGCGUGACAAAGUUGACACAAGUGUUUGUCCCGCAUUUGAACAACUUCUGGCUGACUCAGGGUCAACAGCAGUGUUGCCCAGAUGUAUUGCCAUGGUUACCAAUCUGACCGGUGAUGAUGUCAUACGGGGGAAGCUUAUGAAGCGAGAUCAGCUCUGGGAGGCCUGCUGCAAUGUUUUCAGAACCCAUCACUUAUUACAAGAGGAUAAUUCUCUUAUGGAAGAAGUCGUGGAAAGUGUUUUAGGACUUUUGUUGAAUCUUAGCAGGGCCAUGUCUCCAUGCCUUGAAAAAUUUGGUGUAGAACUGUGUUCAAAAUGCCUGGAAAUGAUAAAAUUAGGCAAAUGUUCUGAGCCAUUACGGGUUCGAGGGGUGGGGAUUCUGAGCCAUAUAUUACCUCAUAGUGACAUUGCCUGCAAUGCAGUGGUGGAUAGUGGUGGAACAGAAAUACUGCUGGAAUAUAUCAAAGAUGAGAGACUGUGCUACAAGCCUGCCCUGAAAGCUUUGACUGCCAUCACAAAAUGCAAUGAAGCAGGAAGGAAAUACAUCGUUGACAAUAAAGGACUGGGAACAUUAAUCAAGAGGUUGAAGUCUGAGGAUGAGACCAUAGUUGGCAAUGCCGCCCUGUGUCUCAGCCAUUGCACGCAGGUCUCAAAGGUGUGUGCAUUGUUAACGAAGACAGACAUCAUCAAAGAUCUGCUGGUGCUGGCCAGAGAUGGGAAGAAACCGGCUGUCCAGCAAAACUGUGCGAUACUUAUUGCAAAACUGGCUCAAGGGGACAGCAAACAUUUGGAGAGACUUAGAGAGCUGCAUGGUGUUGAAAUACUGCAUUCCUGUAUGAAAUACAUCAAAUAAGGGUGUGUUGAAAUACUGCAUUCCUGUAUGAAAUACAUCAAAUAAGGGUGUAUGGUGUUGAAAUACUGCAUUCCUGUAUGAAAUACAUCAAAUAAGGGUGUGUUGAAAUACUGCAUUCCUAUAUGAAAUACAUCAAAUAAGGGUGCACAUGAAUUGGACAUGUUGUGAACGUAUAUAGUGAUAUAGUGUUAAAUACGAGAGGUGUUUAUAUAUCAAGUUUUUUGACACAAUAAAAAUGGUUUGUCAAAGACAAUUGGGAAGCAAUUGAAGAAUUAUUUUAAUAAUACUGACCAUAAACAUGUUGUUCACACUACAUUUAGUCAUAAUCAAGUAAUAAGGCGUCCUUGUUGACAAUGUUUUGUGCAUACCUCCAUUAAGGUUGGUCUGGAUGUUGUAAUUAUGUGUUAAAUAUGAGAAAUGUAUAUGUAUCAAGUUAUUUGACACAAAACGAAUGGUUUGUCAAAGACAAUUGGGAAGCAAUUGAAAAAAUAUUUGAAUAAUACUGACUCUAAACAUGUGGUAAACACUAAAUAUAGUCAUUAUUAAGUAAUCAGGAUUCCAGGAAUUCUUGUUGACAAUGUUUUGUGCAUACCUCCAUUAAGGUUUAAGGUUUAGAUGUUGUGAUUAUUCAGAAAUAAUUUUUGUAUAUAAAAUUGUCUUAAUAUCUUUGUUAAUUUAUUGUUAAGGAAUGAUACUUGUAACGUCAUACAGUUUCCUUGUGAUAUAUUUUAAUGAUAAAAGGAUUUGAAGCAAA